AUGGCGCACACAAUCCUAGUAACGGGCGCAACAGGCCGUCAAGGCGGCGGGACCACCCGCGCCCUCCUGGCCCUCGCAUCCGAGCGCAACAUCCCCGUGACCAUCCACGCCCUCGUCCGGGACCCCGCCUCAGACGCCUCCAAAGCCCUCGCGGCGCUCAGCCCAUCCGUCAAGCUGUUCCCGGGCAACUUCGACGACCCGGCCUCCCUCAACGCCGCCGCCGCCACCUGCACGGGCGUCUUCAUCAACGUCAACCCCAACUUCACUGCCCCAGAAACGGAACUGCAUCACGCGCGCAAUAUCCUGGCCGCCUGCAAGGCCGCGGGCACCGUCACGCGCGCCGUGUACAGCUCCGUGUCGGUCCUCAGCAGCGAGCGCGCGCUGGCCGAGCUGGACGCGUGGCCCGGCAUGAAGUGGUACAUGCGGUCGAAGAAGGCGAUCGAGGACGAGGUGCGCGGUGCGGCCUUCCUCGCUGACGGCUGGACGCUCCUGCGCCCCGCCAUGUUUUUCAGCAACUUCCUGCCGCCCGGCGUGGCGUUCAUGUAUCCGCGCCUGGCCUCGCACGGCGAGAUCCGCACCGCCCUGGACCCGCAGCUGAAGCUCGCGUGUCUGGAUCCCGACGACAUUGGCCGCUUUGCGGCGAGGGCGCUGAUCGAGCGCGAUCAGUGGAAUGGGAAGAUGAUCACGCUUGCGGGCGCGCACUUGACCAUUGGCGAGAUCGCGGAGAAGCUGACGGCUGCGGUGGGGGGCAGGAAGCAGGUCAAGGUGGUGCCGUAUACGGAAGAGGAGCUUGCCGCUAAGGACAACGUUCUCAUGAAUUCAGAGUUGUACAGGAAUGAGUAUCGUAUCAACGUUGAUUUGGACGAGUUGAGGAGCUACGGGGUGCAUUUGGGGACAUGGGAGGAGUUUGCUGAGCAGCACAAGAAGGGCCUUGAGGCGGGAUUGGGCUUGGCUUGA